AUGCAGUUCCUCAAUUUUCACUCCCUUGCCGUCGCCGUUCUGGCCGUUUCUGCCGUCGGCGCAAGCCCUACUUCAGAGCAUCAGAACUCUAAGCGCAAUGAUGGGGAGUGCAACGGAACUUCGUGCAACCUCAAUCCUGGCGGACUUAUCCCGUCAAACUAUGAAUGCACUAUUGGAUCCUGCGUUGGCUCAGGCGGUGGUGAUGGUGCAUUCUGCAAAUCCGUCGGCACGACCAACGACAUCCUGUGCCCUGUGAACUGUGGCGAUCGGUGCCCUCAGUGA